ACUCGCGCAUUCAUUUGAUACAGUUUUGUGGCGAUUUUAAGUGCGCCUGUUCUGUUCUGUUUCGUGUUCGUCCCGUUUUGUAUGUGCGUGGCAUUUCAAUUCAGUUAUUCAGACUCCCAACGUACUCGUUGCUGUGCACAACAAAAAGAGUGCGCGCUUUGUUUGACAAACAGCAACAACAACAGUAGAAAACAGCUCGUAAUAAGCUCGCUGUGAGUUCAUUGAUAAGAACGCACAAGUGAAAGUUAACGGAAAGCUGCGGACACUGCAGUCGUGUUCGUCGACGCAGUCGUGUUGUUGUUGCCGUCGUAGUCGCAGUCAAAGUCAAAGUCGCUGUUCGCUGUCGUAGUUCCUUUCGUAAAAAGUGAAAAAUAUUGAAUUAAAAUUGUACAAAGUAGUUGAGUGUGUAUAUUGCGCUUGUGCUUAAAGAUUUAAUUAAUUUAUUGAUGUUGCUUAGUUUAGUUGUUGUUGCUGCUACCGUUCUGAUUGAUUGAGUGAUUGUGAUGUGUUAGAAAAAAAGACCGCGCUUUCUCUGUUACUCGCGCUCGCUUUCUCUCUUCCCUCGCACCACUUCUGUACUGAAAGAGUUGUUUGUUUGUGUCGUAAAUUUUGUUGUUGCUGUUGUUGUUGGUAUGCUAUGCCGUCAUAUCAAUUAACGGCAAGUAUAGCAUAGUUUCCGGCGCCAACAUUUUUUGUGCUUCCACGCGCGCGCUUCCGCUUUGACGCAAUUAACAAAGGCAAACGUUAAUUAAUAAAAAAAAAAAGAAGAAUAAAAACAAAAAUAGCAACAACAUAGCCAUGACACACUGGGAGGAUUUCUACAAUACACAUCUGCCGCCCGCAGAUUUCGAGGAUAAUCGCUCGCUACUGAAGGAGUUCUGCGAGCGACACAAUAAGCUGCAGAAUCGCAUUGUGCUUGUAACGUCCGGCGGCACGACCGUGCCCCUGGAGCACAACACAGUGCGGUUUGUGGACAACUUUAGUGCCGGCACUCGCGGCUCUGCCUCGGCCGAAUAUUUUCUGGAUCAUGACUAUGCCGUCAUCUUUAUGUACCGCCACAAAUCCCUCGAGCCCUUCACGCGUCACUUCACCGGCCAGCAAUUCUUUGACAUGCUGGACAUUGCUGACAAUAGCCAGAGCUCCACAAUAGCCAUAAAGCCGGACUCGGUUGAUGUGUUUGCCCCGGUUCUGGCCAAGUACAAGAUUGCUCGUGAGACGCAAAUGAUAUUGUACGUGAAUUUCACCAGCGUCGUCGACUAUAUGUGGCUGUUGCGUGCCGCCUGCGAGUGCCUGGCGGCGUUCGAGGAGCGGGCUGUACUCUACUUGGCGGCAGCCGUAUCGGAUUUCUAUAUACCCGAGGACAUGAUGCCCACACACAAAAUGCAAUCCGGUGAUGGCGCGCCAACGAUUUCGCUGCAAUUGGUGCCAAAAAUGUUAGCGCCACUCGCCAGCUUGUGGGUUCCGCACGCCUAUGUGGUGUCCUUUAAACUGGAAACGGAUGAGAAUUUAUUGAUUGUCAAGGCGCGCGACAGUCUAAACAAAUACAAGCACAAGUUGGUCAUCGCAAACGUGCUACAGACACGCAAACAUCGCGUGGUCUUCGUUACACCCACAGAUUCCUAUGAGUUGCAUUUGAGUCGCGAACAAGCGCACCAAGGCUUGGAGAUCGAGGAGCCCAUUGUGGCCGAUGUGGUGCAAAAACAUGGGGACUUUAUCGUCAGCGCCCAACAGCGCCAAUGACCAUUAUCAAUGCGCCGACGGCAGCAACAGCAGCUGGGCGCGGGGAACAGCAGCGAGGGGGUGAGCAGCGCAUCGUCGACCACCGUAGGCUCCGAUUAUUGCGUGACCAGUGCGCAUUGUUGUCGCGUUCUGAAUCCAGGCACGCCGAGCUUCGGGCGCAAAUAUUAAGCAGGCUAGCGGCGCGCCGUAGAGUUUUAGCGAAAUUACAUUUGCAUUAUCUAUCGGUUCUGGGUUCGUUAUGCUGAGCCUAUUUACAGUGUUUGUGUUUGUUCCAUUAAUAACGAUGCUAUUGUUGGUGAUUAUCUAGCUAUAUUCAUACAUUUUGUUAAUGUUUCACUUAUUGUUAUUGGGUAAGGGUACGGCAAACUCUUGAGAAAUGAUGUCACGUAUUGGUUCUAUUUUGUGCUUUUGUUUUCCCGGCUUUUAUGUCAUCAGGCAUACGCCGCGUAUGUCCCGAGAGGCAUCAAUAAACCUUUUUUGAUUUAUGUGAUUA